AUAUAGUUCGCACUGGUAUUUUUUUCCUACUUUACUCUAAGUGUUCAGUGUUUUUUGCGCUGUAUGCACGACUUAAAACGCUCAAUUCGCGCUUCCUGUCCGGUAUAUUUCAGUAUCGCUUUUUUUCGAAACAAGCGACACUAUUGUUUUCUCCUCUGGGCAUUUUGAAACUGGACACCGCUGGCGCUGAGGCCCCCUCUUUUCCAUGCGGAGGAAUACGUUGUUGCUGCUGACAAUGUGGAUGGAGGAGCUUUAAGAUGUCUACUAGAAGAAUGAAUCCAUCUCAAUUGUAGCAACAACAACAAUAAUAAUAAUAAAAGGGGGGGAAGUCGUGUGGCUGGCUGACAGCGAGCGAGCGGCGGUUUGGAUCCCGACCGGGUUACUUUGUACACUUUGUAUUCACGACGCGGAUUGCUUCACCGAAGGAUGAAGUGCAAAUAAGAGACGGGUUUAUGGUGAUCCAACGCUUCUCAUGCGCCGAGCUUGAAAGCGUGCUCAAGUUCUUUUUCCUCCUUCAGGGUUUCUUUGUAACCACUGGAUGUGAAGCAUCUCCGAAAGAGAGGUCUCUUUAAAGACAGCGGGGCAUGAACGAGCAGCAGGGCCACAGAAUGGCGGUCGAAACAGAUAAGGAACUCAGCGACCUCUUGGAUUUUAGUGCGAUGUUUGCGCCCCCUGUGGCCAAUGGGAAGACUCGACCAACCACGCUUGCCAGCAGUCAGUUUGGUGGCUCGGGAUUAGAUGAUCGCAGCGGUUCUAGUCCCUGGGCUGCUGGGGAGCAGGGUAGCCCUUCAUUUAACCAUGGACGGAGUUACAGCGAGGGCUCUCACUACAGCGAGCAUGAUGGGCUGUCCUCCCCAUUCCUCAACUCUGGGAUUGCUGGAAAGAACGAAAGGGGACCUUAUUCUUCAUUCAGUGCCCAGCAAGGGUUCUUGCCUUCAGACAUUGUGAUGUCCAAUGCUGAUGGCAUGUCUCCCUCAAGUCUAAAGUCUGGCUCUCAGUUUUACCCUGCAUUCUCCAGCAAUCCUCGGAGACGUCCACCAGAAGGGAACAUCGACACUCAGCCCAAAAAGAUUAGGAAGCCACCAGGUCUGCCAUCUUCUGUGUAUGCCUCCACGUCCGGUGACGAGUAUCCACGAGACGGCGCUGGAUAUCCAGGCUCCAAAUCGGGUGCUGUAUACCCCGGAUCUUUCUACAUGCAAGAGGGUCUGCACCCUUCCUCUGACCCCUGGGCAUCUUCCGGGCCUCUGGGCCAGUCAGGCUUUUCCGCCAUGCUGGGAAACUCGCCCCACAUCAGCCAGCCAGGCUCCUUCACUGCCAUCAAUCCACAGGACAGGAUGAAGCGCCAGCCGCUGCCUCUCUCACCACAAAACUACCCUCUUCAUGGCGCUGACGUCAAUGGCUUCCAUUCAGGCUCUGGAGCCUACAACCACACGUCGUCCAUUAACGGCGCAGACAGCAUUAUGGUCAGUAGAAGUUCAGCUACAGGCAGCUCAGGUGAUGAGAUUGGAAAGGCCCUAGCCUCGAUCUACCCUUCAGACCACAACAGCAACAAUUUCCCCUCCACACCCUCUACGCCAGUCGGUUCGCCCCAGGGCAUUGCAGGUGCUUCUCAGUGGCCAAGAUCUGCUAGCCAGACAGCCCUUUCACCUAGCUAUGAAGGUGGACUACAUACACUUCAGAAUAAAAUGGAGGAUCAUCUAGAGGAGGCCAUCCAUGUGUUGCGCAGUCAUGCAGUGGGUCAAGGCCCAGGUUCAGGCCUUGGUGGCGCACACUCGGAGGUUCACAGUCUGCUGAGUGCUGUAUCCUCUUCUGUUCAUAAUGGAGCCCUGGGAAGCCUUGCCCAGGGCUUCCCUGGUGCUGGGAUGGCUUUGGCCAACAGACAUCCCACUAUGGGUGGAAGUCACCAUGAGGACCCUGCGUGCCUCCCUCCCAACAGCAGCCUAUUACCAACAUCCCAUGCCUCAGGCACACCGCAGCCUGCUGGAGCACCAGAGGGUUUCACUAAUUUGCCAGGAGGCGUAGCUAUACACUCCUCAAACAGUGCCGAUAUUAAAAGGGAAGAUAAAGAAGAUGAUGAGAACUCGUCCAUUGCAGAUAAGUCUGAAGAAGAAAAGAAGGAUUCCAAAGCAUCUCGCAACAGAACAAGAAAGGAGGCAUUUUCCCUCCAGAUCCAUUCAAGUGUUUCAGACCAGGGAGAUGAUAAAGAUGAUGACGAGGAUGAUGAAGAUUUGCCAGCUGAGGUAAAGAUAGAACGGGAGAAAGAGCGACGUGUAGCCAACAAUGCGCGUGAGAGAUUGCGUGUGCGAGACAUCAACGAGGCCUUUAAAGAGCUGGGCCGCAUGUGUCAACUGCACCUAAGCACAGACAAGCCACAGACCAAACUGCUUAUCCUUCACCAAGCAGUCAACGUCAUCCUCAAUCUGGAGCAACAAGUCCGGGAGCGCAAUCUAAAUCCGAAGGCAGCAUGCCUAAAACGGCGGGAGGAAGAAAAGGUGUCCGGAGUGGUGGGUGACUCUCCAAUGCAGUUGCCUGGAUCUCAUCCUGCUCUUGGAGGAGAUGGACACAGUUCUGUCGGGCAUAUAUGAUGAUCUUAGGCUCAUGGAAGAAGUGGCCUUUUUAUCUCUUCCUUCAUCCUCUUCGAAUUCUGUGUGCGUGUGUGCGUUUUCACACAUGUUGACUUGGAAAGUGUAUCGUCCAUGAAAUGUAAGAGGUGCAUCUUCACACGUCCAGAAACACAAAUGUACGGCCAAACUGACAACCCAUUUUGCUGCACUCCUGAUUGUGAUGACCAGCGUAAAUGUGAAGAACUCUGUAUUUAAUUUUCCUUUUUUUUUUUUAAGUUUCUUUUUUUUUUUUUUAUAAUAAUGUUUUUCUGUUUCUAUGAACUGAUGGAACACAGGGAUAGAUAUGUUAUAUCUACUGUGGACAGUUUACCCCACAGCUGAGAGUAGGAGGGGAAAAAUCUUGCAAAAUUCAAAAUUAAAUCAAGGAUUCGUGCCUAAAUAAUUGUUACUUUUUUAUAUGUGACACUGAAGCAAAUUGCUUACUCGUGUGGAACAAAUCUGUUUGGGAGUUGCUUGUAAAUGAGCAAUGUUUUUAUGUAGCUUGGCAUUCCCUGCUUAAAGGUACAGUCUUACAUAUGUUGUGUAACCAAACCCAUGUGAAGUGGGAGAGAACCUGUGGUGCUUUUGGGGAAUUUCAUAUCCCAACAUGCCCUAGUUCCUCCAGACUUGGGUCUAUAUUUAAAAGGAGAAAACUCGCAGACCAGCUAAAAUCACCACUCUUAUGAAACUAAUGGUUUCAGUCAGUGCUGAGAUUUUUCAUUUUUGAAUAACACUUUAGUUUUUUUUUUAAACAUCAGACUGUGUUCACUCGCUGUUCUGCCAGUCAGAGCAAACGCAGAGCUCAUGAGAGCACUCAAGGCCAUGUGUCCAUGUUAACUUAAGGCACCAGUUGGAAGUAUGUGGUAGGUUUUUUAAAGCAAAUUCACCAGCGUGUGGCGUCAUCCUCAGCAUUCCUGCUUGUUUUCAAUUAUCUUGUCUUCUGUAUAAACCCAGAGUGAAGCCCUCAUACCCAGCAGUGUGAGCAUUACAUUAGCUCAGUAAGUCUGGUCCAGCUGAAGAUACUCUGACUUGCAGAGAGUAAAACUCCAGCACAUCUCUCAUUGUUCUCGUGUCUUUCCUAACACACUGGUUCAGAGCAUUUUCUAAAUAAAAUUAAAAUAAAAGAGGCAUACUUGCUCUAGAAGACUGUUGUUGCCAAAACACUGAAACCUCAUUAUGUCCACCUCAUACAUGCAUAAAGGAUAUUAAUUUAACUUGAGCAAAAUGUAAGAACGUAUAUAUAAAAUAUAUAUUUUGUUAGUAUAUACAUUGUAGAUUUAUAAAUUUAAAAAAAAUCACUAUUAAAUUGAAGCGUAGAAUUCUAUAUUGUUCAAGUGAGAGAGCAGGGCAUGGUAUGAUUAAAUGACUGGAGAAGUUCAUUACCAGUUCGGCCCCAAAUUAUUUGCCUGAUGUCCACUUUUGGUCUUUUCUGUUCAGCUGUGUCCCACUGACCUAGAACAGCAUCUGUAAGUGUAAAAGUUACUGUAUAUGUUUAGGCUUCAUUUAGCUCUGACACAGACACAGGAAAAUGAUUGGAUUGAGUUUGAGAGAUCAUGGAAGCCUGUUGUAUCAAAACAUUGUUACUGAUGGAUGAAAAUCUUUCCAUUUAUUAGGGAAGUUAUUUUGCUAAGGAAAGGUAAUUACAAUUUCCUUUACAAUAUAUAUUUUUUUUUAUAUAAAAUGAAAUCUAGUUAUUAAGCAACUAUUGCCCAGCUUUCAUCUCAGUUUUGAACGCAUUAUGCAACUGGUUUUGAAUGUGCACUCAAAUAUAGAUUAUACUCCUCAUUUGCUGUAUGUCCGAAUACUGCCACUUCAGUUCUGUUAUUUCAUUUGACAGUAUAUAAUUUAUCCAUUUUUGAUUAAAGGAAAAAAAAAAAUCUUUACCUUGUGUGAUCACAUGGAUGAUGUAAUGUAUGAAAGAUAAUACAGUGUUAAUUCUUAACCCGUCUACAGUCUUUGUUGUGGACACCUGUUAGAUACCGAUAUUUGCUUUCAAAAAGAGAUUAUAGGAUUGCAUAUUGAUUACUGAGGGUGGGAUUCAUAAUUGACCUUUUGAAUAUUUUUAAUGUGGCCUUCUCAUUCUCAAGGCAGUCAUAUUUGGUGCCUUAUUAGUGCCUAAAUUUAUUUUUCUUCUGAAAUAUUCUUCAUUUAUCUUUAAUAUGUUCUGAAGUGCUCAAAAUAAGUGUAUGACUGAAAAGUCUUGCGACUGACAUUUCAUUUUCAGGAAAAAACAUUUACUGUUCCAUGAAGUUAUAAAUUUCUGAUUAGGUAUGUGUGAUUUGUCAGUAAUCUGAUGCUUGUGCUUAAACUCACUUUUUGUUUAUUGUGUGACCAUUUUUUUUUCUUUUCCCAUUUCUUUCUGUUAGUGUCUUUUUCCAAGUACUUGUGAUUUGGAAAGCAUGUCAAACUGUGGGAGAAGGAUCUUCCAUUUUGAGGGAGACUGUUAGCAGUAUUUUUCACCACCAGCCAAAUUCAUAAACAUGUUAGAAAUGCCUUAUUAAAGGCCUCUAACAGUGAGAACCCAAAUCAGCUUCUGGGUUGACAGUUGUCUGAAUUU